CUGUCUCCACGAACCUCUUCCCUCAGGCAGUCAGUGACUCGCUGGCUGUGAGUGGUGGUGAACGUCGUUGUGUCGCUGAGGCUGGCGCUAGGCGGAGACUGUUCACAGCUGUCGUAGAAAGACGAAGACAGACGCUCCAAGACGGGUGAUACGACUGUUAUAAGUGACGAACGACAGACGGCGCUAAUCAAGAGAGAAACGGACGACAACAAUACAAACCUGACAAGGAUGUUGGCAGAGAGUGUGUUGAUAACUGGGUGCAGCCGCGGGCUGGGGCUGGAGAUGGUGCGGCAACUGGUCACGUCAGACAGUGCCCCGCGGGUAGUACUGGCCACCUGCAGGAACCCGGACAGUGCCAAGGAACUGCAAGGCUUGGCCAGGGACCAUAGCUGCCUCAAGAUAAUCAAGUUUGAUGUGGUGGAUUACGAGAGUCUGCCGGGGUUGGUGGCCCAGGUGCAGGAGGCUGUAGGAGCCGGAGGUCUCAAUGUGCUCAUCAACAAUGCUGCCAUCAUAGACACAUGCUCCUCACAGGUGUUUGGUGUUCCCCUGGAGCAACUGGAGCCGCAGAUGGUCAACAACAUCCUGGAGACGAACACCACAGCGCCACUCAUGCUCAUAAAGGCGCUGCUGCCGCUGCUGCGUCAGGCUGGUGGACGCGCCGGGAAGCCCCUGAGUGUGCAGCGGGCGGCGGUGGUCAACAUCUCCGCCCUCCUCGCCAGCAUGGGCGCCUACCUUAGCAUGCCUGAUGUCUAUGGCUACCGAGCCAGCAAGGCAGCUAUAAACGUGUUAACGAAGGCACUAUCGGUGGAAUAUGACAAAGAGGGCAUAUUGUUUGUGGCGGUCCACCCUGGCUGGGUCCAGACCGACAUGGGAACAUCUGCAGCACCCUUGACUGCUCAAGAAAGUAUCAGCAAAGUCUUUCAAGUCCUGACAGGUUUGUCAGAGAAACACAACGGCCUAAUGAUCUCCUACACCGGUGAUAUUCUGCCUUGGUGAUACUGUUAACUAAAAUUUAUAUUUACAAUGACUGCUUAUACAAUGCAAGGUAAUAAAUGUUCCCUGUGGCAAAACUUCACAUUUUCAAAACGAUUAACCUAACAAGAUCACAAGGCACCUGUAUAAGUUUGAGAUAAAUAAAGGAUAUGAAUU